GACCCCUCGUUCCGAGGCAAAAGCCUCUGCGAGCUCAUGACAAAACCGAUAGAAGCUUUCGAUCUCCGAAGAGACUUCGCUGAAGACAAAGACUAUGAUUUUUACGAACGCGACCGGAAUAGUUUGGAGCCUUAUUGCCCUGAUAGUCUGCGCGGGCAAGGAUUGCUGCAUUCUGGUUAUCUGACCACUCAGAAUCGGGCCGAAGACAGAUGGGGUGGAGGAUACGUCGGUUCUUAUGGACAGAGAAAACAUGAUGAUACGAACUUCAUUCCUUAUCAGAUUGGUAUAAGAAGGAAGAACGAUCCCAGAGAACACGAGAACUGGGGACAAUAUGGAGGCUAUUAUGGGGGCUACGACUAUUACAAGGACAGAAACGACUACUACAAAUCGCAGAGCCAUUGGAACUUAAACAACGCGAUCGACAGAGCCUACAGCUCUGAGGGAGUCAGGCCAUUGACUACCAUCAUCAGGCCCCAUAAAUCGAUGGCGGAUUUCGACUAUAACAAACUAGCGAAGGAUACCCCGUGGAACGAAAGAUACGGGUCUUGGAAAAGAGAGAAAUGGAACAGCUCAGGAUCGUCAUUUAAUAGCUUCGAUUACGGGGGCUACCAUCAUUACGGACCCACGUUUGAGCUGGAAGGCAGAAGCGACGAAAAUGAUCCGAAAGAUUGCUCGUCUCGGAGAAGCGCCGGUAUGUCUCUGAGUAGUGGUUCGAUAAGGAGGUCGUUGUACGCCAAGAAUGUGGUGGAAUGCGAGGCAUCGUGCUUUGAGGAGAGGGAGUUUAAAUGCGUCUCCUACAGCUACAGAUACUCAAAUUCGCGCGGCUCCGACAACUGCUUUUUGAGCGAAAGGCCGUACAGAGGCUUGGAGAUGUCCGCGGACAGCAGCUCCGAUGUGUACGCGAUGCCACAAAGCCACGACUGUGUCAACGUAAAUUAUGACCCUUGGGUUGAAAGUGAGUGCUUCUGGCAUGUGAGGUCUGGAGCUGCGGUCACCGGGGCCGCAGUGAGGGCCGCCCUCACCGUGGCCGGUCUGGGAGCGUGCGAGGCGGAGUGCAUUCGGGCCUCCGGGUUUUUCUGCAGAGGUUUUAGUUUCAGGUUCGAGGCCCCGAUUACAGGAGAGGACUUAGAGAACUGUAUCCUGACUUCGUCCCCUCCCGCCUCGCUGCCCCCAAGCCGUGCGGCCCACCACGAGCUGUACGCGCGGGGGCGCGCGGGGCGGGGCUGCCAGCCCGCGCUGCACGACGCCCACCCCGAGCCCGGGACACAAUGCUACCUCCAGUACGACAGCGCGGCUCAGCUAUCCCCCUCGGCCGUGCGGGGGCGCGCGAGGGUCCGGGACGAGGGGGCGUGCGGGGUGGCGUGCACCGACGCGCCCUUCCGGUGCCUGAGCUACUCCUUCAAAAAUAACGCACCACCGGACCGCGACAACUGCUUCCUCUCCGAGAUAAGACUGUUCGAUCUUCAAAGGGGAGUGGACUACGUACAUUCCACUGACGACUGGCUCUUCGCUUUCGAUCUAUUCAACGGGCAGUGCUGGAGGAAGAUCCACGGACCGGAUUAUGAUGAGCCUACACACGAACUUCCAAGACCGAUCCUGACAUCUGGUUCUGAAGAGUCCUACCCAGUGUCAGGUCCCUCUGGUCCUGGUUACUCUGAAUCAGAUCCCCCUUACAUAUCAGAAGGACAUAUAAAACCGUUUAAACCAACAAUAUACAAACCGGUAUAUCCUGAACCAAGCGGUCCCGAUUUCGAACCACAUUACGAAACUAGUGGACAUUUUUAUAAACCAACGUAUUCUAUUGAACCAAGUGGAUCAUACAAACCGGGUUUUGCCGAACCAAGUGGUCCAGAUUUUAAACCACAUUUCGAACCAGUUGGGCCGGUACUUAAACCGGUAUACCCUUUAAAUGAACCUCCAUUUGAAUCCAGUAGGCCCGGUCUUAAGCCUCUCUAUCCGGUGCAGCCAAAUUUCAAACCGCGUCCGGUCGAACCUAGUGUCUAUAGACCCGAAUAUCCGGUUCAGAAACCGGGAUACGUGCCCAAACCGGCGUACCGACCUCCAGAACACGAUAUACCCUUUGUCCCUACCAGUCCACCCGGGUACCGACCUGGACGACCUGGGUUCAAUCCUGGCUCAAAACCGGGCUUUGAAGGAGACAGGGAAGAUGGAAUUGCCGUAUCUUGGCGCCACUACACAGUGUCCGGGUUCCCCUGCCGAGCGGGGACUUCCUGCGCGCAGAACCACGUCGCCGGCCACUGGGCUUGCGAACCGGAGGGUGGAGAAAUCGGAUCGUGGGAUUACUGCUGUGCGCCAACGCAUCGCUGUGGGUACAGCGAAGGUUUCAAUAAGCCAUGGUGCUACGUGGGCCCAGAGAGCGACCAAUGGCGACCGUGUAGCGAAAAAUACUACCCUUACCACCAACACAACGUGCCGCAUCCCUCGCAAGCAAACAGAGACGAAACCUCUCGACCUUCGGGUCCGAGCCGUCCACACGGAAACAGACCUGGUCCGUAUCUAUCUGAAGCUGAUAGAAGAUACUGGGAUGAAUUAUACAAAAACGGUCCUCAGGCGUAUUACGAUAGAUACGGGAAUCCCUUACCAGGGUAUACAAGAGUACCGACAUCAGAUCCGCCGCAUAUAAAACCAGAAUAUUCUCGACCUGCUCCCGGAUCCUGGGCGCCAGCACAGGGAGGAGUUACGCGUGAUGGACUCGGUGUGCCGAGGUACUGGCCGGUGGCCUACCUACACAAAGGUCCUCCACCAAACAUGACUUAUUUUAGAUACAACGAAACGACAACCACUGAAAUGCCAAAACCCGCGGAAUCCAGAGACCUACCAGAUGAUAGGGACUCGCCAGAUCAACAGACACUUAUCGACAAACCAAAAAUCAUCGACAACCAUAGAGGCGAGAAGAAACGUAAUAUUAGCGAUCAUGACGAAGAACUUCAUAUCGACAUCGACAAAACGACAACAGCUAAAACUGUUAGCGAAGUCACUGAGAUUAUUGAAAGAGUAAAUAAGAGCGAGAUAGAAAGCACAACUUCUGACAAGGACGAAGAUAAAAUGGAUCUUAUCGAUGGAAUUGAUGAUAAACUAUUAGAUUUCUCUAAGUCUAUUGAAGUAUUUGAUAUAGAAGACGCUAAGAAGAGUGCGAAGGCAGAUCUUAAAACUCUACGAGCGGAAGAGAGACAGAUAGAAGAAAUAGGACGACUGUUGGCUUCAAGGCGCGACGGGAAAGUUGUCUUGGAAAAGCGAUCGCAGAAAGAAUUGGCCUCAAAGAAUAUUGCGGUCGACGAAGAUUUGCUGGACUUCAAUUUCGGGAAUAAAUUCCCAGUAGAAAGGAGAGGAGUCGUACGGAAAGUGACAAAAGACGAAAUAGAGAGGGACAGGAAUACCGAUAGAAGCUUAGAAGUGAGCGAGACAACGUUCGUUAGACCACCAAGAGUACUAGCUACAACUGAAAACAUACGCAAAGCAAUUGUCAACGGUAAAAUAUUUUAUGACGCCACAAUCAGAGAGCAGAGAGAUGUGCUAACGAAUGCCACUCGAAGAUCCAAAUCUCUGAGGCCUCUGGAAGACAGAGCCCCAUCAGUGAUUAAUUCUGCUAAUUUCGGAAAGAAGAAAAUUAUAAAAACUAGAAACGUAAAUCCUGUGAGGAGAGUCAGAAGAGUUUACAGGAAAAGAUAUAACCCGGAGGAAGUUAGAAGGAGACUGUUGGAGAGAGAUAGAGCUAAAGAGAGUUCUGUUGAUAGCAGUAGGAAAAUUUAAGCUUAAAGACAUAUGAUUAAUAAAAUUGAUCAUAACAAUGAAUACGUUUAUUAUAUAUGUAUAUAAAAACGUUUAGGACAGAGCCAUUAGGUCAGAUGAAAAUAUUUCAAUUUCAAUUUUAUUUAUCACGUUUAUCCAUAAUUGUUCAGGAUCCCUGGUACACUUUUCAUCAUUUAUAACUAACAAGCUGAUUUUUCAUGCGUAGCUUCCUUUUGACUAGACGCCCAACUUUUUUCCUUACAGUAACGUUGGUAAAUGGUAGCUUACUAGGGAUAGCAAGGAUAAAUUAUGUUAAUUUCACGAAUUUUCAAAAUUUGUUACUAACCGAAUUUUUCUUUGUUAAUUAUCGAGAUAAUUAUCUAAAUAGCAUGAAAAUAUAUUUGUCCUACAGAAUAUAAGGUUUUGUUAGGGAGUCCCCCCUCUUCAACAUGUAUUAUAAACAAGGUCAUGAAAAAUAAUUACUAACCAGCUGAUUUUUUUUUAUUGGUUAGCAUUUUUUGUCAUUUGCAUACUUUACCACCUACAUUGUCCUACAAAUUGCGUGGUAUGUCAUCUUGGUCCUACGCUCAAAAGUUCUCAAUACCACCGGACUUGUUGUUUUAUUAGUAACUGUAGGACAAAGGUACACGUGAUAGGUUAAUAUAUUUUUUGUCCAAAUAAAACAAUGUCCUACAAAAAAAAAGGUAUGCUUUAUUAGUCCUACAAGAUUUGUAAUUUUUGAGUAUACAAAAUGAAAUGAAAUUUAUACAUAUCGACGCUUGAAAGGCAAACGUGACUAAGCGACAAUGCGUGAACUUUACAGUAGACUAA